AUGGAUGUGGAUGAGCUUCGAACACCUCGUCUGCUGCUGCGGCAGCUGCACACCAACGACCUCGGAAGUCAGGAUCUCGAAUGGUUCCACCGACUUUGGAGCAACGAGCUGGCGACGCAAUGGAGGCAAGACCACAGCCAGCAGUGGAUGGCGGGGAUUCUCCCGCGCAACGCCACCGGCAAGAAGGUCAAGAUAGCCUUCGCGGUGCUGCCGAGCGUUACGGAGACACAAACCGCCAAAGCCGAGGCAUUGGGCAUCGUGACACUCCUCUCGACGACCUUUCGUCUGGCUUCCGAGCCCGCGGCCGAUCCUGAAGACGACGGCACCACUGUCGAGCUGGGCUACCUGUUUCACCCGGACUCUUGGGGCAACGGAUUCGCAACCGAAAGCCUGCGCGAGUUCAUCAGUGCAUAUGUCAAGCAGCGCGCAGCUCGGGAGCAGCAAGGGGACAUGCAGUUUGAGAUCAGGGCCAGUGCGCACAGCGCGAACGGCGCGAGCGUCCGCGUGCUGGAGAAGCUGGGCUUUGAGGAGCUGGGUCGGUUCGAGCACGAGGGGCGGCUUCCCCUGAGGAAGGAAGCCUCUAGGGAAGUGAUUUUGCACAUGCGCCUGAGGAAGUAG